UUAUUUUCUUCUCUGAUCCCUUGUAUCUUUCAUAAUCAAGCUUUCAUUAAACGUGCAUGGCUACAAAUAUCUCUAUGCUGUCUUUUACUCAAUUAUUUGACGAUUUCCAUUUUUGGAAAAGCUGAUUAUCUUCCAUAAUUUUAUCAAAAAAUGCAUGGAAAAAACAAGGUAAAGAGUGAGAUAUUUGAUCAACUUUCUGGUAAGCAAGGAGCUGUGAAGUCCAAUUAAUACAGGAAGCUGAUGCCAAGCACACAAGAAAACUAUUAAGUUACAAAUUUGACAAGUAAAUAUGGUUGAGACACAAGGGGGUGGUGGUGGUGGAGGUCUACAAUUUGUGUUACAUGUGCUUCGAGGACGAUGGUUCUCACUUUUUGCCUCAUUCCUUAUUAUGUCCGGAGCAGGGGCUACUUACCUUUUCGGGAUAUACUCCCAGGAAAUAAAAAACACUCUUGGAUAUGAUCAGACAACACUUGUUCUGUUGGGUUUCUUCAAGGAUUUAGGAGCUAAUGUUGGAGUUCUCUCUGGUCUAUUAGCCGAGGUAAGUCCAACAUGGUUCGUUCUACUAGUUGGUGCAGCUAUGAACUUUACAGGCUACUUUAUGAUAUGGCUAUCUGUUAUUGGCAAGAUUUCAAAGCCAAAAGUUUGGCAAAUGUGCAUAUACAUAUGCCUUGGAGCAAAUUCUCAGAAUUUUGCAAAUACAGGAGCUCUUGUAACCUCUGUUAGGAACUUCCCGGAGAGUAGAGGUAACAUGAUAGGUCUUUUAAAAGGAUUUACAGGGCUAAGUGGAGCUAUAUUGACACAACUAUAUUUGGCUGUCUAUGGAAAUGAUGCUCAGUCUCUUAUCCUCCUUAUAGCCUGGAUGCCUGCUGCAUUAUCAGUCGUUUUUGUUUAUACCAUUCGAGAAAUGAAAGUCGUUAGGCAACCAAAUCAGCAAACUGUUUUUUUCCACUGCUUGUUAAUAUCAAUUGUCCUCGCAUUGUUUCUUAUGGUCAUGACACUUCUCGAGAAAGCAAUAGCGUUUUCUCAUGCAGCAUAUGUUGUAGCCGCCACUGUCUCCUGUGCUUUACUUUUCUCCCCUCUUUUAGUUUUCAUUAGAGAGGAGUUAGCUAUCUGGCGUCAAAUGAAACAGACGUCAUCACUUAAUCAUAAUGGAGGAGUUGCAAACACAAUUGUGGAACCAACCGAAAUCCAACAGCCACAAAAAAAUCAAGUCAACAACUCUAAGAUAUCCACAUCUUCAUGGUUUUCAAAAAUAUUCUUUGAAAAACCAGCAAGAGGUGAAGAUUAUUCCAUCUUACAAGCACUUCUAAGUACUGAUAUGUUGAUUCUUUUCGUGGCUACAUUAUGUGGACUUGGAUCAAGCCUAACUGCAGUUGAUAACAUGGGUCAGAUAGGUGGUUCUUUAGGAUAUCCAAAAACUACAGUGAAGUCCUUCUUGUCACUUCUCAGCAUAUGGAAUUUUUUCGGGAGAAUUUUCUCAGGAUUCGUUUCUGAAAGCCUGCUAGUAAGAUACAAAUUUCCUCGGACCCUGAUGAUGACAUUAGUCCUUUUUCUGUCAUGCAUUGGCCUACUUCUAAUCGCUUUUCCAUUCCCGGGUUCACUAUAUGUGGCAUCUAUAAUUAUCGGUUUCUCAUUUGGUGCUCAAUUGCCAUUACUUUUCACAAUAAUUUCUGAGCUUUUCGGGUUAAAGUACUAUUCAACAUUGUUCAAUUGUGGACAAUUGGCUAGCCCUCUUGGGUCAUACAUUCUGAAUGUUAAAGUUACUGGACCACUUUAUGAUAGAGAGGCAUUGAAGGAUCUUGAAAAAAGAGGUUUGACUAGAGCAUCUGUGAAGGAGCUAACUUGUAUUGGUAAUCAAUGUUAUCAACUACCUUUCAUUAUCCUGGCUUGUGUCACAUUUUUUGGAGCUAUGGCCUCACUAAUAUUGGUUGCAAGAACUAGACAGUUUUACAAAGGAGACAUAUACAAGAAGUUUAAAGAACAACCAAAUACACCUGAUACAGAAAUGGCUUCUUCAAACACUACUAAUAAGACAAUAUGAUGAGGGAUUUUGAUUAUUAAUUAAUACAACUCAUCUCAUUAUAAUGUGAUUCUGGUUUGAAAAUAUUUUUAAUACUUAUAGUAUGUUAUCAUCAACUGUUUACCCUUGGUGUUUAAUCUUUUAGACUCAAAUAUGAUGCUUCUAUUACAAAUUUUAAUGA